GAAUCAGCCAGAUGAAACCGGUUUGAUAGCGCGACAAUAAUAGCAUCUCAGAAAGAAGGGUAUUCCCCGAUUCCUGCAGAAGUACGCUUAGCAUCUUGAAAAAAAGUUAUCACAAGAUAAGUAAAUCCAUUGUAAACAACAAACAUAAAAUCUAUUAAAAAGAAUUUUCAACGUUUGAUAUACAAUUAAAAUGUUUCGUCUGAUCCUUUUGGCGACUUUCUUGGCCACUUCAGUUUGGGGCGGAACAAUAUGUCCUUCAAGGAAAGAAAUCUACCCUUGCAGUUGUACUAAUAUACACAUUCAUAGAAGAAACAUCAUAACCAUUGUAAACUGUUACCGGCUGGACGAUACGAAAGCCUUGAAUUCCAUUUUUCCUGCUUUGAGGUCCAUGGAAAUUGACCGCUUCUACUUAUAUGAUUCCUUUUGGAAAGCUCACUUGCUUGGUUCUGCAGGAGAAUCGCAGAAAGUUCUGCCUGCUGACUGGAUAACGCUGCUCAAAAUCAAAGAAAUAGAAAUUAUCGAUUCUACCUUGUCGUCUUGUUUUGCAUGCGACUGGAAAAUAAAUUGCAAGAAUUCUGUAACCGUAAGCUUCAAAGUUACGAACAGUUCAUCUUCGGAGCGGAUAUGCUCUUUGUGCGAUGCCGGAAGAGGCAACAAGAGUCCGUGGACAGGAUGCAUGAGCUACUUGAAGGAGUUUCAUUUCAACUACGGAAAACUAAGCACUUUCGGAAUUGAUUUCUUUCCCAUGGCCAUGAGAGAACUCAUAACUUUGAAUCUGUCUUACAACCAGAUAGUCAAAGUUGACUCCAAUGUUCUCAAGAAUCUCCCAAAAUUGAAAAACCUCGACCUGUCUCACAAUGCAAUCGAGUUCUUUGACCACAUAUUUACCAGUCAAGAAACUUUAUUAGAACACCUUGAUGUGAGCUGGAACUUCAUCAAAACUAUUGGUCCCGAUCUCUUCUCUUCUUUGCCCAGGCUGAAAACUUUUAAAGCUGAUAACAAUGGCAUUGCUGAACUGAAACGAAGUGAGUGGGAAAAGGUCCCUGACAGCCUGAAAAAUAUCGAUCUCAGGGAAAAUCCCAUUCAUUGUGAUUGUAACAUCAGGUGGAUCAACAGCACUUUCAACAUCAAUGUCGUUUUCCAAGGCACUUGCUCCACCCCCAGCGAUUACGAAGGAUCGCCCAUCAGAAGAGCAUCCCGUUUCUUGCUAGAAAGAUGCGAUUCACUUGGACGAAUGGGAACAAGAAAGCCAACUCAAAAAUCACGUCAUGCAAGACGAAGGCCAUAAUGUUUUGCAGCAAAUAACAAAGAACAUUUUUCCAUAUGUGUGUUACCAUAUUUUUUUUUUUUUCUGCUUGUAACUUUGUCAGAAUUUUAAUUUUUAGUAAACGCUUUCAUUUGUACUGCAAUGUAGAAUAGAUGUUUUAUAAACUGAUUCAAAAUUC